AUGAGGGGCCUCUUGGUGUUUGCCACUCUCCUGGCGGCCGCGUUCGGCACCGAGACCUUUGUGGGUCAUCAAGUGCUCCGGAUCUUUGCUGUGGAUGAAUUCCAGAUCGAGAAGGUGAAGGAGCUGGAAACACUCGAGCUGGACUUUUGGCGGGCUCCCAUUCACCCGGAAGUCCCGAUCGAUGUGCAUGUCCCCUUUGCCAGCCUCCAAGGGGUGAAGGUCUUCCUGGAGUCCAACGGCAUCCACUACUCCAUCAUGAUUGAGGACCUGCAGUCACUGGUGGAUGAGGAGGAACUGCAGAUGUCAAUUCGACAUUUUAUGCCUCUGUCAGUUGAGACCUUCAACUACGCUUCCUACCACAAUCUGGAUGAGAUCUACGAAUUUAUGGACCUCCUGGAGGCUGAAAAUCCCCAGCUGGUCAGCAGAAUCCAGAUUGGGAAGAGUUACGAAGGUCGUCCAAUCAACAUCCUGAAGUUCAGCACAGGGGGAGUCAACCGGCCUGCAAUCUGGAUCGACACCGGCAUCCACUCUCGGGAAUGGGUCACACAAGCCAGUGGAGUCUACUUUGCAAAGAAGCUCCUUGAUGGUUACGGCAAGGAUGCGUCCAUUACAUCCAUCCUGGACAACUUUGAUAUCUUCCUGGAAAUUGUCACCAACCCAGAUGGUUUUGCCUUCACCCAUAGCAAGAAUCGCAUGUGGCGCAAAACCAGGUCUCUGAACAGUGGAUCAUCCUGUAUCGGAGUAGACCCCAACAGGAACUGGGACGCAGGUUUUGGAGUGGCUGGCUCCAGCGGGAACCCUUGUUCAGAGACCUACCGGGGCCCCUAUGCCAACUCUGAGCCGGAGGUGAAAGCCAUCGUGGACUUUGUCAAGAGCCAUGGCAACAUCAAGGCCUUCAUCUCCAUCCACAGUUAUUCUCAGCUUCUCCUCUUUCCUUACGGCUACACUUCUCAAAAGGCUGCUGAUCACGAGGAACUGAAUGCACUCGCUAAGAAGGCCGUCGAUGCCCUGACUGCUCUGCAUGGGACCAAAUACAGAUAUGGCAGCAUCAUCACCACCAUCUACCAAGCAAGUGGGGGAACCAUUGACUGGACCUACGAGCAAGGCAUUAAAUACUCGUAUACGUUUGAGCUGCGAGACACAGGCCGUUAUGGAUUCAUGCUUCCUGCUAGCCAAAUCAUCCCUACUGCUGAGGAAACAUGGCUGGCCCUGAUGGUUAUCAUGGAGCACACAAGAGAUCACCCAUACUAA